GAUGUGGCAAAUGAUAAAUGAAUAUUCUUUUUAAUUUUUACGCAAGCAUUGGGCCAAUCUAACCAGAACAAUGAUAUGUGGCCAAUCGAGAAUUCGAAUUGUUGCGGGCCACCUCCCAAAUAGAAAAGGCCCAACGAUUUUUUCCUGGCAAUUUUAAAAUCUGAAAACGGCGUCGUUGUGCGCAAGAGGAAAUAGGGGAAAAGUGGGUAAUUAUUUUGUUAGGGUUUAUUAUUUGAGCUCCUACGAAAACUUUUUCUUCUUCUCCGGGAACUGAAGUUGAUCAAAAUCACUUUCAGCCAUGACAGAGUUUUGGGUCAGUCAGGGUAACAAGUGGUGUGACACCUGUAAGAUUUACAUUUCCAACAAUCCCGCCAGCAUAAGAAAUCAUGAGCUUGGCCAGCGGCACAAGGACAGUGUCACCAAGAGGCUUAAUACUAUGCGGGAAGAUAAGGCAAAAAAAGAUAAGGAACAAAAGCAAGCAGCUAAAGUCCUGGAACAGAUAGAAGCCAAAGCCAAGCGCAGCUACCAGAAAGAUUUAGCAUCUUUUCAAGAGGCAAGGGAGUCCAAUGCCCAGGCACUCAUUGGUGAAGAUCUAGAAACUGCUGAUGGAUCCAGUAUGCCUGGAGAGUGGGAGCAAGACAGUUCAUCAGGCUACUACUACAAUCAAACAACUGGUUUUCACUAUGAUCCCAAUUCUGGUUUCUACUAUAGUGAUUCUCUGGGUAAAUGGGUGCCACAAGAAGAGGCACUUGCAGCAUUUCGAGCUUCUCCAAGGUCUAUCAAGACGAGACCUAACUUGGGAAAGCCACCAUCAGCAUCGGAGAAUAUAUCAAGUGCUGGAGGCUCAACCUCUGAAAGUGGACCUCCACCCGGACGUUUGAUUUCCACGCCACUCAAUCCGAUGAGAUCUGUGAAAGGCGCUAAAUCCUCCUCGGUUGCUGUCAAGAGAAAGCGACCAGAUGAGAAGCCCAAAGCUGUGUCUAAAGAGGAAGCAGCUGCACUGAAGGCUAGGGAGGCUGCGAGGAAGAGAGUUGAACAGAGGGAGAAACCAUUGCUCGGUCUGUACAGGCCCUGAUAUACGUGUUUGCUUCCAGAAACCCUUCCAUGUUGUUGUAAGAGGUGAAUUUCAAAAUCGCAAUCGACUAUACUAGACAUAUUCAGGAACUUAUGUUCCACAUUUUCAAUCUAUCAAUUUUGUGUUAAAAAAGAUGUCCCAGUAGAAUUUUCCCUGAAGUAGUUCAUAGUCUGAUUGUCCGAACAUGACCUAUGCAGGAGUCCAACACUUAAAGUGGCAAAGUGAUCCAUGCACUCAGACGAUUUGGCAUCUGCUAUUUUUUCAUUGCAGGAAAAGGUGAAUACGGCAAUGUUUGUGCACCGACUUGAACCAUGUAUUAAUGGACCUGCAUUUCUGUUUGUAGGUCGAGAGAUGACGAACUUUGAUGUAUCCACCAAAGAUUAUAGCUUUACAUGGGUAAUUCUUCAAAAUUUCUGAAUAUUUGAUGAAGCAAAAACCUUUCCCUUUUCUAUUUGCUCCCGUUUACCCAGAAACGCUUGAAACUAAAUGGUUUAUGUUGUAUAAAUAGUUGUUUAUCGUUUCCACAUAAA